UUUGUGCUAUAGUUUAUUAAAAUAAAAUAAAUAAACAAACUUUCACGCUCAAAAUAUGUAUUCGCUGUGUUAUAAUAGAAUUUGUGCGCUCCACUUCGCUCAUUAUUAACUACCCAUGCGUUGGUGUAUCAGUUUUACUCUAAAUAAAAUAAUGAUUCAAUGAUUUCACACAUUAAACAUCAGUUGUGGAUAAAUACUUACGUGCAAAAGUAAGCAAAAAAAAGCGGUAGUGAACAAAAAAUUAUAAAAUUAUUUGAAAAGUGCGUUUCGAAAAUUUCAAAUAAAUAAAACUGAAUAUAAAUAAAAACCUCAGCAAAUAAAAAAAAAAAAUAAAAUUAAAAAUUAAAAAAUGCCGCAGCGCUCACCAUUCGCCAUACAAGAGCUGCUCGGCUUGAGCAAUUCAGCUGCUGCAGCAGUAGCCGCCGCCGCCGCCGCUGCUAACGUCGCCAAAACGCAGGACUCAAAGGGCAGCGCAAAUGAUCUCGACGAAAAGAACGCGACCUCUGUAAAAACAAAAAUGCAUUCACCGACUGCAGCAGCAAUGUUGAGCAGUAGUAGUGGAGGAACAACAACAACAACAACAACAACACCGCCACCGCCAGCCGCACCGGCAGUAACCGCGCGCACUCCUUCACCCAGCCAAGCAACAGCUAACGGUAGCAGUAGCAGCUCGGUCGCGCCAUUAAAUGCCACAGCACAGUCCACAAUUAUAAGCACAAGUGCGUCUGCAGCGUCGGCGCCUGUGGUCAAUUCGGUUGUAAACGCCAGUAUUACAACGCCUUUUACCGUCGCCGCUGAUCAACAACGGCUGGUUGAUCAUCAACAACAGCAACAGCAGCAACAGCAGCAACAACAGCAACACCAUCACCACCAUCAGAUGACAAUGGCUGCUGCUGCCGCCUCACGCAUGGCCUAUUUCAAUGCGCACGCAGCCGUCGCGGCUGCAUUUUUGCCACACAAUUUGAGUAGUGGCAGCGCUGCUGCUGCUGGUGUGCAACAUCCUGCUAACUUGCAUGCGCUACAACAACAACAUCAACAUCAUCACCUGCCACUGCAGCAUCAUUCGCAUGGGCAUCCGCAUCAUUUGUUGCAUGCGCAGGGUUUUUCGCAAAUGAAGACCUUUGGUAUACCAGGUGGCUGUUUAACAGGACCUCUAACCAGCAAAGAUUUCACCAUCGAUGGCCUAAAUGGUUUUGGUAGUAAGAAAAAGAAGAAGAAACGUCGUCAUAGUCGUACGAUUUUUACAUCGUACCAGUUGGAAAAACUCGAAGAGGCCUUCAAAGAAGCACACUAUCCGGAUGUGUAUGCACGUGAAAUGCUAUCGCUAAAGACCGAGCUACCUGAGGAUCGGAUACAGGUGAGUGCAAAAAAAUUUAAAAUAGGUAUUUUAAAUUUAUCGUGGUUAAAAGUGCAGCUCUAA